UUAAACGUUUUCCAGAAUGGGGUUCGGCUCAGAGAUGGACGGGUGUGGACAAUUUGUGAAAUAUAGUAUGUUUGCUGCCAACUUUGUCAUAUUUGUGGGUAGCAUAACAGUGUUCGGAAUUGGCAUCUGGACUCUGAUGGACAAAUCGUUCAUCAAUGAGUUGCUGGGCACAAAUCUGUUCAUGGGUGCCGUCUACAUUCUCAUUGCGACAGGAGCCCUCGUGUCUCUAAUCGCGUUCUUCGGAUGUCUGGGCGCCAUCAAGGAGAUCAAGUGUAUGCUGCUAACUUACUUCAUCAUCAUCCUGAUAAUUUUCGUUGUGAUGCUGGUUGGCGGAAUACUGGGCUAUGUUUUCAAGGAGAAGGUCAGGUACACCAUGGAGCAAGAAAUGUACAGCUCCAUCAAAUUCUACAAUGAGAAGAGAAACAUCAGACGAGCAUGGGAUGAUACACAGGAAAAUUUGCAAUGCUGCGGCGUGACCAGCUAUGCGGACUGGAAAGGAAACAUUCCUGACAGUUGUUGCCGAGAAAUCGAGGGAAAGAAAAUUCCUUGCAAAAACUUUCAAACCCAACUGAAUAUCUAUACCGACGGCUGUUUGAAUGUGACCGAAAUUUUUGUCAAGGAUCAUGCGUCUAUAUUGGGAGCAGCCGGUAUAUCUGUUUCAUGCCUUAUGCUAUUCGGACUGGCUUUUGCUUUCAUCUUAUUCAAGAUAAUAGAAUGAACUGCGAGAUUGUAUGGUUAUUGUUCCAUUGCUGCCGGGGUGGACUUCUAAUAAUAUUACUGAUUGUAUUUAUUGUUGUAUUUUAUAGUAUUUAUUGAUAGAAUUCUAUUGAUGACAUUAUUUUUUAAGAUAGUAUAGGCCUAUAUCAAUGUUAUUCACCAAAAUUUGCUGGCGCUCUUGAGCUA